AUGUCAGCACCAGCAGAUCAAGGCGUCCCUGUUACAUCUCUUAAUAUUCAGCAGAUUAUGAACCUCAAGAAGCAAUUUGAGGAAGAACUUACACAAUUACAAGCUACAAUUACACUUACAAAUGAAACAGUACUUAAGACACAGCAAGCAAAGAACGAAUUAAAGCAGUUUACAGCCGUUGAGACAGGAAAGACAAUGCUUGUCCCAAUUACUGAAAGUCUUUAUGUUACAGGAACAGUUUCAUCACAAAAGAGACCAAUUAUCGAACUUGGUACUGGCUACUUUGCUGAAACAAGUGUAGAAAAGGCAGAAGCAUUCUUCAACCGUAGAUUGAAGAGAUUAAAUGCACAACAAGAAAAUCUUAGAAAUUCAUUCAAGGAAAAGCAACAACAAUAUCAAAUGGUUGUUCAAGUUGCAAACCAAAAGAUCCAAGCUACACAGCAAAAGCAUUAA